CUAGCAGACGACGGCGCUUUCACUGCGGCGGCCGCGUAGCAGACGACAUUUUGAGCGCUCCAUUAGAUCAAUGGAACGAUAAGGCACUGAGGCGAGUGUGGUGCUACAGAGGCGAGACUCUUUCUUGUGGGACACCAUGACAUCCAGUUGUGUCGUGCUGGUGCUCGCCUGUGGCCUGGCUUUGGCAGCGGGACAAGGCUCCAAGGAGUCCGAACAGCGUAAUGUGGAUGCCACUGAAGCUCCCACCAGUGGCCUGACCCGUUGCUACGGCAAGUAUGGCUGCUUUUCGGUGGGCGAGCCGUUCCUGUCGCUGCAGCGCCCCAUCAACCUGUUCCCUGUGGCGCCCGAAGCCUUGGACGUUCAGUUUUUGCUGCGCACGCGCCGGAAUAACCACUACUACCAGAAGCUCAAGUCCGGAGAUGCAGACAGCUUUUCAGAGUCCAAAUUCGACGGCAGUCGGCCAACCAUGUUCGUCAUUCACGGUUACCUCGAGAGUGGAUACCUUCGAUGGGUCCUGGACAUGACGACGGAGCUCCUGACGAAGGACAACUACAAUGUGAUCGUCGUCGAUUGGGGCCAAGGAGCAACGCCGCCAUACACACAGGCCGUCGCCAACGCCAGGAUAGUCGGGUCCAUCGUCGCCGACAUGAUCAAGUACAUACAGGAUCGCUACGACGCAGCCGGUUCAGACUUCCACCUCAUCGGCUACAAUGUGGGAGCGCACAUUGCCGGCUACGCGGGCGAGAGGGUCUCUGGCAUUGGACGCAUCACUGGUUUGGACCCAGCUGAGCCGUACUUCGCACACACCGACAAGGCUGUCCGUCUCGACCCAACGGACGCCGAGUUCGUGGACGUCAUCCACACCGGAGGCUCCAGCUUCCAGAGCUCACCUGUAGGCUCGAACAAGCUGCAAGACUACGGCCACGUUGACUUCUACCCCAAUGGAGGUGAGCCCCUGCAAUGUCCCGACCCAGCCUACUACAAUGUUCGUCAAGACAGCUGGAUCUACGGCGUUCGUCGCUACGUCAGCUGUGCUGACGUGCGAGCCCACGAGUACUUCUCGGAGUCCAUCAACAGCGACUGUCCCUUCUACGGUUUCACCUGCGAAGGUGGCUACAGAAACUUCAGCUCGGGUGCCUGCACGGGUGGUUGCGGUGACGAUGGCAGCACCUGCGCCCCCAUGGGAUACAGGGCUGUCGACUGGAGACGCUUCUCCGAUUCUUCCGCCAGCUCCCGCAUGUUCCUCACCACGGCACCCACGCCGCCUUACUGCCGCAACCAGUACUACGUACGUGUCAUGGUAGCCAGCACGGAGGAGACAAGGAAAUUGCAAUCCAACCAGGGAACCCUUUACGUUCAACUGCACGGAUCUAAGCCUUUGUCGUCGCCAGCGGAAUCUGCUACAGGAAAACACGGAGACUACACUGCAGGCAAGACCGUCGACUUCCUCAUCUCUGCCAGAGACCUGGGGCGCAUCUUGCGUGUGAACCUCGAGUGGAGACCCGACCAGUUGGCCCUCUACUCUGACCCCACCAACCAGAUCCUCACACCCAGCUACCCUCGGCUUCUGGUGCACCAUGCCCGAGUCAUGAACCUCGCCACGGGAGAACGGUUCAUUUUCUGUGGAGAAGGAGAACACUUGGAAGCCAACAUCGUCAAGACCUUCUUCUCUGGCGGAGAUUGCGAGUUCAGCACCGCUGCCAGUAACGGACACGACAAUGACAAUGGGCCUUAAAUAAAGCUAUCUUCUUGUUUUGUUUA